CGAAGCGCUCCUGGACUCGACUAAGAAAGACUCUGCAGAAGACAACGAUAGAGAAAGUGAUUGGUGAUCCAAUUUACAGCGUGCUACAAAAUGAGAACGUCAGUGAACCAGGAUUUCAUAUGUAUGAGUUCGACAGUUUCGGAAAUCCAGUUAGAAAUUGGGGUGUCGUCCUGAGCCCGUGGACUUUCGUAAACGUAAUGAGAAACAUUGGAAACGUAGUAAUAAUCGUUGUAUCCAGAUGGGCGAGAUUUGGUGAAGACCAAACGCCCACAUCCAUGGGCACUGUAUUCGCAAUACUGUGCUAUAACAACACACGAAGCUCCUCUAUGCUCCACAUAGAAGAUUCUGAAAAGGUUGCAUUUGCCGCAAUAUGCCAUAUCGGUUUUCCCGGUAAUAGCACAGAGAUGAUUGGACAGAAGCUAAACGGAAGAUCGCAGACCGGAAGGCUGAUGAAAGCGAUAGGUAAUGUAGAAUUCUCCGCAAUAUCCGUUGUGUCACUUUCUGGGCUGGUGACAGGCAGCCUGGCGGAAAUGGCCUCGUACUUCAUUGGAAACGUCCCUCCGCUUGACAAUAUCUUGGAUCUGGCUGAUUCCGUAGAAAGCUGGCGACCCGGGGAUCGAAUUGUCGUCGCAUCAACUGACUUUCAUUUCAACCAGGCUGAGGAAUUCGAUAUCGUUGAGUGUGCUGAAUGCGAUGAACAUCAGGUGAAGAUCAUGGGCCCAGUGUGGUAUACUCACUGGGGUGAAGUUACGGACGGCGUAGACAUGAGAGCAGAGGUGGGGAUCCUCACACGCAAUGUGAAAAUCCGAGGAGAGGUAGCGGAUAAAUGUUAUGGAGGAAAGGUUUGUGAACGCUACAACUACGACACUUUUGGAGGACAAAUUAGAAUACUUAAAAACUUCACAUCGGUGAGGAUAGAAAACGCUGAGCUUUUCCACAUGGGGCAACAAGAAGAACCAGGCUCGCAUCCUAUUCACUUUCACAUGUGUUUAGAUGUGUCGCAUAAACAUGCCUACAUUCGAAGUAACUCGAUUCACAACACGUUUUCACGUUGCGUGGCGAUCCACGGAACGCACAACCUUACCGUCAGUGACAACGUAGCCUAUGAUCACCUGGGCCACUGCUUCUUCUUGGGAGAUGGCGGAGAACAGGACAAUCGGUUGAUCGGCAACCUCGGCCUUGGUACCAAGCCGGGAAGUUUGCUGCCAAGCGAUAUCUCUGGUAAAGUCAGCACCUUUUGGAUCACAAACCCCGACAAUGAGUUGGUGGAUAACAGUGCUGCGGGCUCGGAUGGAAACGGCAUCUGGAUUCUGAUGCCGCAGCUGCCCAUCGGUCUAUCUGCCAGCGUGGAUAUGGGGCUGGUCAGGAACCAGACUGCACGGACAGCAGUGAAACGGUUCAGAGGAAACGUCGCUCACUCCAACAAAAGAUUUGGCUUACGUCUUGAUGAUGAACUUCGUCCUGAUGGCAGUACGACACCUAUCCGCUACAUCCCACUCCGAGAUCCAACGGAUCCCGAGAGCGACCUGGCUCAGCUGCGACUGGACAACUUCACUGCCUACAAAAACACUCAGGGUGUCUGGUUGAAAUCGAUGUGGACACUUUGCACCAACUUUCGUCUGGCAGAAAAUGGUAUCGGUAUUAUUUUUGCUUCGUCAGAGCCAGACGAUCGCGGCCCACAUCACGAGGUCCUUGAGAACUCACGAGUUGUCGGUGAAACAAACAAUAUCGGCGAACCUGCUGGUCGCAUCACCCUCCAGACAGGACAUGUCGUCCAAAAUAACCGUUCGUUACCCAGACUGAACGCUGGGUAUGCGCAGGUUGGAGUCGCUUUUUACCGAGGUCCAGUCCACGUCAUAAGCACAUCCUUUGCUGGCUUCCAGGCUAACGUCCUCCGUCCUGCCGGAGCUAUCGGGAAGAAGUUUUCCAACCGAUACUUUUCUUCACCAGUAUCCAGCAUCAGAAAUGUGACAUUCGACUUUGUCGAUCCGCUCAACGGAACCAGAUUUUACGAUGGUGAUGACACCAUUAUUGGGUUUGAUGACAGAGACGGCAAUCGUCACAGCGUGGUGCUCGACUGGGACGGCUCGCUGACCACGUAUCCUCUCUCCAGCGUGGUGCGUCCGAUUCCGCUGCUGGUGAACGCACGCUGUGUGCUCGUGCCUAGCUGGGGUCCCGGCACCGCCAUCUGCCCUGAUCGCUUCACGAGACUCCGAGUAUCAACCUCUGCCGGUCUAAUUCCCACAUUGAUGACCCGAAACGACUUGAUGGCAUCUGAAACAGAGGUGUCUCAUUUCGAGAAACAAAUUAGCUACUCGCUAAAUACGCAAGAGUCGUACAUUUUGCACUUCAACAAUACUGUGCCGAAGAGUCUCACAUUAUCAUCUUACGGGCUUGAUCUUGGCCUUUCACAGAAUGUUGGCAUAUGCGUUGGGGUAAAUCAAACGUUAUCAGUGUGGCCUCUACGCUAUGCCAGUGUCGCUGACUUGGAUGAACUGAAAGCAGAUGAAAGGAAUAGCAAGUACUUCUACGAUUCUACUGUUGGUGUCAUCUUCUUCAGGUUCUCGGGCCAGUACCCCAGAGACGAGCUCACCAUGUCCAACUGCCCGGGGGAGCCUGGACAUCACCCAAACGGAGUAUGUGAGCAGAGGGUAACAAUUACCCUGCAGGAGCCCAACGAUGGAGGUGACUGCCGUGAGAGUGCCUAUCCGAAAUAUCGGAGAGAGCCUACCACGCCGGAGGGUGCCUUGACCAUACCUGACUUUAUCAACUGAUUCGCCUUAGUGGAAGAAAAUGCUGCCGUGCUUAGUGAGUUUUGCCACGAUUGAUAGAUAAUAAAUUACUUGUGAAGUAACUGUUUUUGUU